AUGGUCGAAGAGGCCGAUAAAGACGAUGCUCCUAAUGACCAGACACGGGUCGAUAGUAACGAUCUAUCAUCGUCGAGCUCUGAAAACCUACAGGAAGAGUCUGUGACUAGGGAAGUCUUAGGUCUUGCAGCUGCUUCAGAGACCACCACCGACGAGGCGCCAGCAGAACAUGUCCACCCAGGAUCGCGGGACCCCGUUGUAGAUCACCCACCGCCUCCUCCAGUUGUCGAAGAUCUACGUGCCCAUACACCCUCCGCAGCCGAUAAUAUGCCAUCAAGGACGGCCGAGGAUCGGGUCCCUCAAAAUCACAUUGAGAUCCAACUCUAG